AUGACGUUCACAGAUAGAAACGAUCUUAAUGCUACCUCCUUGCGCUACACGUUCGAGCAUUUUUUAAAAAUCACACCGAUGACAUUGCCCAUGAAACAGGCACAGAUACCAGGAUCGACGGUGCUCUUCACCGCGUCGCAUAGCAAGAGAUACCUUCGCUGGAAUAACAUUGCCCAUUUUGCAAACGAGCUGAUCCAUCUUGCCAACUUCGUGGAUGGAUACGGGCACGAAUUCGCUGAGCGUGCCCUCGUGUGGCAGGCGCCAGAAUCAUUAUUUACGGGUGCGGGCAGUGGCUUCACAACGGAUUGGUACAUUCAGUCCGUGAGAAGCCUCUUGCUCCACGGGGAGAUUGCAAAUACAACACCAUUUAUUUACACUUGCGAUCAGGUGCCAUUGACUACUGGCAAGGAACAUGCGUUGUGUUUCGAGAGGUUGGUGGCUUUCGCUGAGCCGCGGAUAUCUGAAUUCAAUCCGUCUGUGUGCAAUCACUUCAAGUCUAGAGUGUACCAUAGAUUCGGAUUGUCACCAGCGCCUGACGUGUCAAGCCAUGUAUUGGUUUUGAUUCGCACUGAUGGCCAAGGGUGGUCAAAUCACGAUGAAGCGGCUGAAGAGAUUGCCAGAUACACCAAACGAGUUGGCGGUACCAUCAUCACGGCCUUUCUCAACCGCUCGCGUAUGACUUUGAAGGAGCAAGUUCGUUGGUUCAUGGAUAGUGGGGUCGUAGUGACCACCCACGGUGCUCACGAGAUGAACCUCAUGUUUGCAAGAGCGGGAAGCUUCCACAUCGAGUACUUCAAGCAGAACCAUGUGUCCGGCACGUUCCGCAAAGUCGCAGUGUCAUGUGGCAUUCGCUACAUCGCUGCGCACGCGAAGGGAACUCGCUUCUCCCUCCAUACGUGGACAAGGAAAUACCUUGACAUCCCGAUGCCGUUGGACUUUCAUCUUGAGUUGCAGCCGGCCUUACAAUUUGCGCUUGGCGUGGACGUUCAGGGCAUCCAGGAGAACGCUCCAAAUACCCAUCCCGUCAUGAUCAGAACUGUUUCGGAGGGUUGGAUGUGUGCUGACGACUCGGAGGCGGCCGCAGAGCUCUACGACGGCUCGUCGAAUCAUAGCCGCUGUUGA